UAUAACAGUGCAAAGUGAUAACUUUAACAGCUAAUGUACCGUUUUGCAUUUAUUCAUUCUUUAUAUUCAUUUUAUUCUCGUUUUACAUUAUUUUGCAUUCGCUUUGAUAUCUCUCUUCGCAAUUUAGCCCAUCAGGGAUUAUUCUGUUGCGGUCCACUGACUUAUUACAGCUCGAGUAUCUCGGGACCCCGAGGGCUUAUAGUAGCCCCGAUUAUUGUUGCUAACCAACUGUACGUCAACAAAAAUGUAACCUUGUAUAUGCAUAUUAUGUUUCCAUCCGAGAGAAUACGAAAUUCGUAAAUUUAUAAGUAUUGUAAGUAUACGGUUAAUUAAAGUUUUACAAAGUACAUAUAUUUUGGUGAAUAUCAUAUCGUCCCUAGAUGGAAUGAAUUACGUGAAUACUAUAUCGUCGUUUAUAUUGAAACAAACCAAGCGAAAUCAGUAUGCUAGAUUUUUGUACACUGUACAUCACAAUGAAAAACGAGGCCUAUUUUAUGUAAAACUGGAUGAUAAUUCGAGAGCUGUGCUGCAUUACAUAGCCGAAGGAAAGGUCUUGGACAUGCAAACAAUUGCUGUACCAUACAGAUAUACAGGUCGAGGUUUGGCACGGCUACUCGCUGAGACAGCAUUUACGCACGCUAUCGUAAACCAUUACUACAUGUACUUGACGUGCGAAUACAUGCAAAAGUAUUAUCUUGCGAUUAAGAACCCUGACCUUGAAGAACGUAUCGUUGGACCGCCGCAUAUUUUGGAGGGACCUGAUUCGGAACCAUUGGAUCCGGAUAUUAUUUACGAGCUACCGGAUCCGGAAGACUUUUUGAUAUACUCGUCGUAA